GCUGCUUGCUCCUCCGUCGUCUACAGCGAGCUGCAAAAACAACCCCCGCGACAUUGCAAUGGCAGCUAUCGGCUCACUCGUCUUCUGCACCGACUGCGGUAACCUGCUGGAUGGCGGUGCAGGCAAACAAAACGCCAUACUGACGUGCCAGGUCUGCGGCGCGUCGUGCAAAGAUACCUCGUUGAAGACAAUUGUCACUCGCUCUAAGCCGGAUGCCUUCCCUUCGGCGCUGCGGACGAAGCGCUCCGAAGUACAGAGCGUCGACGACGCCGACAUUGGCGGCCAUGCGACGAUCGCGCAGACGUGUGAGAAGUGCGGCAGGGAGGAAGUGCGCUAUUACACCCAGCAGCUGCGCAGUGCCGAUGAAGGCUCCACUGUCUUCUACGAGUGCGAGUGUGGACACAAAUGGAACACCAACAACUGAGAAUCCGCUCACUUGGUUUUUGUCUACCUUGCCAUGUGUAACCUUAACGCCCUGAAGAUGCACCUUAUACUUGGAUCACGUGGCUACAGCCUUUCCCUCCGGUACGAUCGCGUAUUCAGCCUCCCCGUUCUUCUCAAACUCGGCCAUGUCGAGCGCAACAAUCACACUGUCCCGCACAACCUGCUCCGGAUCGUUCAAGAACUUCUUCAAAAACUCCUCCACGCCGUCCUCGUCUCCCAAACUCCCGAGUGCUUCCGCCGCCUCGUGUCGUACCAUGCUCUCUUCUUUC